CAUCGCCGCAGCGGCGAGCGGAGAAGGCGGCGGGCGGAGAAGCGGCUGCGGCACCCAUGGCUCCUGCGGGCGGUAGCGGCAGCUCAGCGGCGGGGAAGAUGGCGCCGUCGCACGUCCUCAAGUGCUGCCAGAAGGUGCUGGCGUGGGUGCCCGUGGUCUUCAUCGCCUUGGUCGUGGCCUGGUCCUAUUACGCCUACGUGGUGGAGCUCUGUGUGUUUACAAUUACCUCAAUUGGAGAAAAAGUUGUCUACCUUGUGAUUUUUCAUCUGUCAUUUGUUAUGUUUGCGUGGUCCUAUUGGAAGACUAUUUUUACAUCUCCUGCCUCCCCUUCCAAUGAGUUUUGCUUAUCAAAAACUGAUAAGGAGCAAUAUGAAAAAGAAGAAAGACCAGAAUCUCAGCAGGAAAUUCUAAGAAGAGCUGCUAAAGAUCUGCCUGUCUAUACGACAACAACAUCAAGAGCUAUUAGAUACUGCGAUAGAUGCCAGCUAAUCAAACCUGAUCGAUGUCAUCAUUGUUCUGCAUGUGACCUAUGUGUACUGAAAAUGGAUCAUCAUUGUCCUUGGGUGAAUAACUGCGUGGGAUUUUCCAACUACAAGUUUUUUCUCCUCUUUUUAUUUUAUUCCCUCCUGUAUUGUCUGUUUGUUGCUGCUACGGUUCUUCAGUAUUUCAUAAAGUUUUGGACACUUUGCCGCAGGAAAUCUGCUGAGAAUUGUCCAAAGAACGAACUACCAGAUACCCGGGCAAAAUUCCAUGUCCUUUUCCUUUUCUUUGUGGCUGCCAUGUUCUUCAUCAGCAUACUGUCAUUGUUUAGUUACCACUGCUGGCUAGUUGGUAAAAACAGAUCAACAAUUGAAGCUUUCCGGGCACCAAUGUUUCGAAAUGGGCCUGACAAAAAUGGGUUCUCUCUUGGAUGUCAAAAAAACCUAAGAGAGGUUUUUGGAGAUGAAAAGAAAUACUGGCUGCUCCCUAUUUUUACGAGUUUAGGAGAUGGUUGCAACUUUCCAACACGCCUGGUGAUUAUGGAUCCCGAGCAGCUUGCUGUCUCAAGCCAAAAUGAAACUGUUAAAAGCUCUUCUACUAGUCAGCCAUUUCCUACUAGGCCACUCAGUGAAUCUCAAAAUCGGUUGCUCGCCAGUGAUAACCAGUGGGUGGAGGUCAGUUCAGAAGAUGAAACUGUUAAAUCAGGUGUAAAAAAACAUAUUAUAGUUUCAUUGGAGAGCUGAUCUUAUCUCAGUAUCCAUUUCUUUCAGAGAAGGAGAAAUGAUUUCUACAAUACAUUUGUGCUUGGAUAUUAUUUUUUUAAGGAAGACACCAAUAAAUCAGUGGAACAGUUCCAGCAUGUUAACAAGACACGGAAAAUGAGAUUGUUGAUGGUAUCCAGUGGAUGCUUAUAAGCACUUCCGGUGCAGAAAGUCUGAUGCCUUAAGAUUCGUGAUGUGCAUUUUUGCAACAUGGACAUAAGCUAUUACAAGGGCCAAAUUCUCAAAUGCCCUGCAAGGGUCCGCAAGACUCAGAAGUGCAGAAACUAUGCAUUCCAGCUGCACUGUAGUAGUGACUGAUUCUGCAAACUUCAUGUGUGAAGCAAUGCCAUGCUGGUAUCAUUACUUUCGUAACAGUUCUGUGGAAGAAAAGUGGGGUAGGAAAGGGUAGUCAUAUAGUUUACUGUAGCAUUUCACCAUUAACAUUCUACAAUAGUUAUAUGUGGCUCAAUCAUCAUCUGGUGGACUACUGAUAUUUGGUACUUUUGUUUUGUUUUUUUCCCUCCCAUAACCAUCAUGAGUUAACCAGUAGUAAUGGUAAAAGUGUUGUAAAGCAGCCAAUCAAAAACUGACUUUCUAACUUUCUCUGAUAAUCGAAGUCCUUUUCUUUCAGGCUUGAUUUGUUGUAAUACAGUGUUGUUACAAUACUGUACAGUAUUAGAGAAGCAAGAUUUCUUUCUCAGCUCUCUAGCAAUUUGAAGUGCUAAUUGAGAAAAUUAUUUUCCUGAGCAAUUUUGGUCAGUAUUUGUAAGAAAUCUGAUAUUUUAAUUUCUUGGAAACAUGGAAAAGUGAUGUUCUCCCUUCCCGUUUUAGAAUCUUUAAUAAUUGCUAAUUUUAUUUGUUAGCAUUUUUUGCCUGCUAUCCCCAAUAUACAUAUUCUUUCUGAAGUCUGCAGGUUAUUCAGCCAUGAACAGAAAUCAUUCCUUUCUUUUUCUUUCUGUUCUUGUUUUUUUUAAAUAGAAAAUAAGCUGGCAUGAAAGUGUUAUUGAGGGAUUGGAUUUCAUAAUUCUCUGCACUAAGAACAUUGAGUGAACUAGGGAAGGAACUGAGGAAAGGGGACCUUGUUCACAGCCAUCUGCUUUCAUUGUUCAGGAUUCCCCGUCUUUUCUAUCUCUUUUUGAUCUUGGAUCUAAUCCUAUCCUUUAACAAUAAAUACUGAUGUAUACUUUCAGUACAACGGUAAAUAUUUACAUUAAUCUGUUAGAGCAGGAGUGUCAAACUCACAUCGUCACAGUGUCAUCACGUGACAUAUUGGGACUUUUUUCCCCUUCGCUAAACCGGGCGUGGGCGUGGCCAGCACAUGACACAUCCGACCCAUGGGCCGGGAGUUUGACAGCUCUGUGUUAGAGGAUAGGAAGACACUGGAUGCUUGACUCUGACAAGAACUAUAUGCAUGAAUUUCCUUUACCACAAAUCACCAAUCCUCCAAGCAAUGUUCUGAUUAUUAUGACCCUUAACAAUGUUGGCAGAUUUAGAAAUUCAGCUCCUACAAUUCUGGGAGCUGGUGUCCAUAUUAAAGUUGCUAAGGUUGAGAAAGAUUUUGAAGAGGAUAAUCUCUUCUCUCACUCUGUGGUUGUAUAGGAGUUCCUGUCCUGAUAUAUACUUUUAAAUCUAUUACCAUCAGUUGUAUCUCAACUGUUCUACAUUUCUUAUUUCAAUCCAUAAAACAAAAUUUGUGCAAGUGAUAUAUUUUUAAAAAACUGAUUUUGAGUAAACAACAGGUAAAAUGAAAUGCAAAAUAUAUGUAUCAAUGUGGCUUUUCCAAAUUAAUUUCUAAAACGAGAAGAAAUAAAAUACAUUGUGCAGUUCUUGUGACUCAAUGCUGCAUCCUAUCUUUACAGUGCAAGUUAGGCUCAAGGUCUCAUUACCCUCUUGGUCAGAUAAUGUGGUUCCGUGCUAUGAAUUAGUGCUAUCUAGUACAGCUAGAUAUAGGGAGGAUAAAAUAAAAGGAAGUCAGACUGUUAGAACACAGUACAAAUUCUGCAAAUCCACACCUAGAGGUUACGGCAAAUACAUUAUCUCUUAAAUUAUUUAGUACAUAGGAAAGAUCAGUUAUUGCAAACUAAUUGUAAUGAUAUGUGGGAAGGAUCUUGAGAGACGGGGAAGAGCCACAGCCAGGGGAAGAGUUGGAUAACAGCAGGGGUGAAAUCUACUUACCUUCCCAACCGAUUCGGAAGUCCAUGCACUGCGUCACGAGCGCGCUUGGACCCUCUGUGCAUGUGCAAACCCUUCUGUACAUACGCAAAGGGUAAAAAGCAGGUUACUUCCUGGCUAAAAUCAGGAAGUAACAACUGGGCGGGCGGGCGGAUCCUCACACCGCCAUCGCUACCAGUUCUUCGAACCACCGGUUGCCAUCGCUACUGGUUCGGCUGAACCGAUCCAAACCGGGAGCAUUUCACCCCUGGAUAACAGCAAUUUAGGCCAUGGAAGCAAUGUAGAUGUGGCCGUCUCAGAAAGGACCUUCUGUGAUUUCUUGGACCUUAAAGAUGACAAGGGAGAGAUGUUUUGCAAGACUGAUGUCAUCCUUGUGAGGUUUAUAUUUAGCUCAUGAGUGUGCUUCCUUUCUGGACCAUCUUGUAAGGCUGACAUCAGUCUUGCAGCUCUGAAAGUAUAUGUCUCUGCUGUUGCCUUUUUGGUCCAGGAAACUAGGAAGGGUUUCUUCUGAGAUGUUUGCCAUACCCACAUAGCUUCCUUAGGCUAAGCUGCCUCUUGUCCAAUCAUUUCCCUGGCUGUGGCUCUUCCCAUCUCCCAGUCAUUGUCACAUACCAUUACACCAAUAACUUGACUACAGCAAAAAUAGUCUUAAAAGAUAAAUUCAAAUUCAAAUGCAUCAGUAAAAAUGAAUGGAUUACAGGGUUCUCUGAGUAAAGUAUAUAUAGAAAUAAUAGCUCUUUGUACUUAUUUGUUUGGCAUUUAUGUCUAGUAAUAAUUAGGAGUAAAUUUAAAACUAUGUUGGCAAUAUUUAGUAGUUUAAAUUAUUUUGCAAUCAUUAAGCCAUUGAAAAAAAUUCGAACAGUGACUAGUGAAAUCAUCUAUAUCAGGGGUGUCAAACUUACGCCAUCCCAGCAUCAUCACAUGAUGUAUCGGGACUUUUUCCCCCUUCGCUGAACUGGGUGUGGGCGUGGCCAGCAUGGGAUGCACCAGGCCCAUGGGCCAGGAGUUUUACAGCCCUGAUCUAUAUGCUGGGUCAGAAAGAAAAGUGUUUAUAGUACUGAACUGUAACUAACAGGUAGAAAACCUUAUUAAUUUCAAGAAAUUAUACCAAAGAGUAUGAUAUAUCAUGCCGAUUGUAUUGGAAGAUGUAUAGAUUUUAUUUAAGUGCUUUAUCAAAGCAUUUUGCUAAUGAACGUGUAAUGGUAUAAUUAGAAAUUUUUUAUGUACAUUCAUUUUGGGGAAUUAUAGCUUGCAUAUUGUAAGCAUAGAUUCUUGGUUGCCUUAGGAAGUCCCUUCCCAGUUAUUGUUUAUGUUUAGUUCUAGAGACUUAAGACUUGAUUUACUGGCUGCUAUUAUAAAUUAGAUUUUAUGCUGCAGUUUUAAAUAAGACAAGUAUUUUCUAGUAAUUAUGAUUUCUUAUUCCAAGGAAUUUUGAUUAAUAGAAAAGGCUUAAAACAGCACUUGAUUAAACAGAUCUCUGGCAUCCUGUGUUGGAGAAAUGUCCUAGCAAUUGUUAUUUUUGUAAUUUUCUAUUAAUGUAGUGACAAGGUCCAAGCAAUUAAAUAACACUAUUUACAAUACUGUAUACAAUUUCAUUUAGAUCAUAGCUACCAAAAAAUGUAUCUUAUAUACCUGUAUUAUAAAAGCAGGUUUUCAGUUAGUCUUAAAAAUCCAAUGUGUAUUUUCCAGAUUAUACUUGAAAAUUGUAAUAGCAUGAGACUCCAUGUUUACAAAAUAAAUUACUAAAGAUGGCUUUUGGAACAUGGAACAGCAAUUAAAUGGCUCAUACUUUGAUCAUAUUUUGAGAUAACAUUUUUGUUUCCUGGUACCAAAGAACUAAUAAACUAUCAAAUAACUUAUAUUCUAUUGCAAUCCUAGUAUCUCCCAGGAUUCUUAAAUUACACUAGGAAAGCUUCAGGAAGCAGUUUAAGGAGUGGUCUUUUACCUUAAUCCUAAAUAUAUUUACCGGAAGUUGUACUUAUUUUUGUUAACAUGACAACUAUAUGACUCAAGACUGCACAUUAUAGGGAAUUACGGAAUCACUAUCCAUUAUGUCUUGUUUUUCCCCAGUAUAAAUUAAUAGAAUGGCAUUGUUUGGCCAAAAUUGCCACAACCUGUGUUAUAUACCAGUGGGUACAUCAGACCCAUUGCACUGUUAUUAUGACAAAGGUGUAUGCAGAUAUUUUACUUAUAGAUCUCUCUGUUGUAGUAGUAGGCUUGCAAGUAUUCAAAUCUAAAAUGGUAUGAGGAUACUUAGAGGAUACAUGUGAAUGAUGCAUCUGUUCUUUAUGUUGCAGAUAGUAUUCCUAUGCACAGAAAAAGCAUAUUGCCACUAAUAAUUUAAUAAAGACUUUUUAAAUGGGCUUUUAUAAAUGAACUAUGUAAGAGAGAUCAAUUUGCCUGAAAUUUUCCUAUUUUUAACUGCACCUUGUAAUAUCUUCAUGUAUAUUUUCCACCAGUGUAAUUAAUUUUCAAUCAUGUUUGACUUUUGUAUAUCAAAGUACAGAUCAUGUCUUAAUUAUAACUGUUUUUAAAAAGCAUAAUCUUCAAGCCCUUCUUUGCCAAAUUGAUGAUGCAUUAAUGUGUUAUGACAUAAUGAAUGCAUAAGAAAAUAAAUAACUUGGGAACAGGCUUUCUGCUAUAUUUCGAUUUCAGUUAUUUAUUUUGCAUUGUCAUAAAUGAAUAGGGACAUAAAAAAGAGAAAAGGCAUUAAAAUGCAUUUAGCCUCUAUUGAAAUGAAAAAUGUAUCAGCCAUUUUUAUGCACUGCCUGGGGAGUUUUAAAAGCAAAUCUUUUCCACUUCUUAAUUCAAUUAGGACAACACUCAUUAACUGAUGAUUAAAAUUUUAAAAUUA